AGUCAGUCGAUCCCGAAGCGUCGUCUUGGUUCGAUCUCUGUGGGAUCCUGCUGCGCAAGCAGCAAAAAUCCCACGAUUUAUCUUAAAUAAAGGAAAAUAAUCCAAAUCCCUUAAAACGCGGGUGGAAAAGGAUUUUCAUGAGAACCGAGGCUGCAGUAGUUGACAGCGGAGUAAUCUUCCAUUUUUUAAAAAAGGCGCCGGGCGCCCCGGCGCGCCUGUAUAUCUCCGAUUUCAUUUAUUCGUUUUUUAUAAUUUUUUGAAAAACAGUGGACACGAUACAUCAAAACGAUGUUGAAAAAGUGGUGGAUUUUUUGUGUCAUAUUUUCACUCGUGGCACCACGUUUUGCCAAUGGUGAAAUUUUAACACCGCCUUAUUUCAACUUGGCAGAAGGAAAAGAAAUACAUGCAACGGCUACCUGCGGUGUGGAUACUCCUGGUAGAGAACUUUACUGCAAAUUGGUUGGCGCUAAUGCCGAUCAGGAUGAAGAUAUCAAUUUGAUCCAAGGACAAGUGUGCGAUUACUGCGACCCAGACGAUCCGCAGAAAAGACAUCCUCCGGAACAUGCCGUUGAUGGAAUGGAAACGUGGUGGCAAUCACCGCCGUUAUCGCGUGGAAUGAAAUACAAUGAAGUCAAUCUAACAAUCGACUUAGGGCAGGAAUUUCACGUGGCUUACGUUUACAUACGUAUGGGUAAUUCACCUCGACCGGGAUUAUGGGCGUUAGAAAAAUCAAAGGAUUAUGGAAAGACAUGGUCACCGUGGCAGUAUUUUUCGGAUUCAGCGAGCGACUGUCUGACAUAUUUUGGCGUCGAUAGUCACAAUCCGAUAAGCAGAGAUGACAGCGUUAUUUGUACCACCGAUUAUUCAAGACUCGUACCUCUAGAGGGUGGCGAGAUACCGUUUUCAACAUUGAACGACAGGCCAUCGGCAAAUCAUUAUUUCAAUUCAACGUUGCUCCAAGAAUGGACCAGAGCAACUAAUGUUCGAUUCCGAUUUUUACGAACGAAAAAUUUAUUGGGACACUUAAUGUCAGUUGCCAGGCAGGAUCCUACAGUUACCCGACGUUACUUCUACUCCAUAAAAGACAUCAGUAUAGGUGGACGUUGUAUGUGCAAUGGUCACGCAGAUACUUGCGAUGUUCAAGAUCCGAAUAAUUCGAACAAACUCCUUUGUAGAUGUCAUCAUAAUACCUGUGGUCCUCAAUGUGCCUCGUGCUGUAAAGGAUUUGAACAAAAAAAAUGGCAACAGUCGACUUCGUUCAAAAAAUUCACCUGCGAACCCUGCAACUGUUUUGGACAUUCGGACGAAUGCAAGUAUGACCCUAAAAUUGACGAGGAGCAUUUGUCAUUGGAUAUUCAUGGGAACUAUGAAGGAGGUGGUGUUUGUCAGAAUUGUAAACACAAUACUGAGGGUAUAAAUUGCAAUCAUUGCCAAGCUGGAUAUUAUAAACCUUAUGACAAACCACUAAAUGCAACUGAUGUUUGUCAACCCUGCAACUGCGAUUUGUCUUAUUCUACCGGAAACUGUGCCGAAGGUUCAGGAAAAUGCGAAUGUCGUCCAGAGUUCGUUGCACCUGAUUGUACCGAUUGUAGUUAUGGAUACUUCGGGUAUCCAAAAUGCAGAGCUUGCGAAUGUUAUCUCAAAGGAACGGACGGAUAUCAUUGCGAAGCAUCGGCUGGACAUUGUCCGUGCAAACGCAACUACGCGGGGCAUUAUUGCAAUCUAUGCGCAGAGGGGUACUACAACUUCCCGGAGUGUCUGCCAUGUGAAUGUAAUCCGUUGGGAUCAUCAAACGGGAUUUGUGACGUCACGACAGGAAAUUGUACUUGUAAAAACAACUAUGCAGGUAGGACCUGCGAUGUCUGUGAAAAUGGUUAUUACAGCUAUCCAUCUUGUGGAUACUGUGAUUGUGAUCUUCAUGGCACUGAGGAUGAGGUUUGUGACAAAACCGAUGGACAUUGUUUGUGUAAAGAAGGUUAUAGCGGGUCCAGAUGUGACAGAUGUACCAAUGGAUAUUUCGGAUACCCAGAUUGUCAACCUUGUAAUUGUAGCACCGUCGGUUCUCGAUUUGUUGGAUGUGAUUCAAAGGGAACAUGUUCUUGCCUGAGUAAUUUCUCUGGUAAAAAUUGUGAACAAUGUAGCCCUGGUUACUAUAAGUAUCCAGAGUGUUUACCUUGUAACUGUGACAAUCACGGUGCAAUAGGACUAUCGUGUGACAUCGAUGGCAAAUGUCAGUGCCGUGAUAAUUUUGAUGGCUCACGAUGUGACAAAUGUAAGGAAAACUUUUACAAUUUCCCAACUUGCGAGGGAUGUAAUUGCGACCCAGCUGGUGUCAUAGAAACAUUCCAAGGCUGCGGUUCACUACCUGAAGGAGAACUUUGCCAGUGUAAAGAGCGUGUCGAGGGUCGAAUUUGCAAUGAGUGUAAACCAUUGUUUUGGAAUUUACAAUCCCGGAAUCCUGAAGGAUGCGAGGAGUGUGACUGUAACAUACCAGGAGUAAUUGGAGGGAUCGCUGUUUGCGAUACUAAAAAUGGCCAAUGUAUUUGUAAGCCUACUGUUACAGGAAGGGGAUGUACCCAUUGCAUUGACGGAAUGUAUAGCCUUCAAGAGAGCAAUUUGUUCGGUUGUAUGGAAUGUGCCUGUGAUAUCGGUGGAUCUAUAAAUUCAAUUUGUGACAAACAAUCGGGUCAAUGCCAAUGUAGACCUCGAGUCAAUGGUCUCACGUGUUCAGAACCAUUACAAGCACAUUACUUUCCCACAUUACAUCAAUAUCAAUACGAAGUUGAAGAUGGACGGACUCCUAGCAAUAAUCCGGUACGCUAUAGCUUUGCUGAGGAUCUUUUCCCAGAGUACAGUUGGAAAGGUUAUGCUGUCUUUUCAUCCCUUCAAGAUGAAAUCAUCAAGGAUGUUCACAUUUCGAAAUCAACUCUAUAUCGAAUGAUUUUACGUUACGUUAAUCCAAAUCCUGAUGCGAUUCUUGGACUCAUCAGAAUCACACCAGAGAAUCCUUAUGAUACUGAGCAACAAUUUAAAGUGCUUUUCAAACCAACACGUAAGCCGACUUUUGUUACAGUCGCAGGACCACAGGCUACUGUUCCCUCACCUCUUGUGAUGAAUCCUGGACGCUGGGAUAUAAGCAUAUCGAUCAAGAAGAGUCUAUUUCUCGAUUACUUUGUACUUCUACCAGCAGCUUAUUAUGAGGCUACUAUUUUGACUCAUGAAGUUAAACUCCCCUGUCAAAUAGGACAUCGAGGCCUUUGUAGACACUUCGGUUAUCCAAGUUUAGCACCCUUUGAUACUGUUCAUGGUGAAGGCGGCUUUGUAGUCAGAGAAAAUGAGAGGGUUCGACUAACCGAAUACCUGGAAGACAGUACAAUCCUCAAUGAACUUGGCGAAGGACGUAUACCGUUGAUAAAUGAUAAACAAUCUCAAAUUAAUUUCGAUCUGAGAACCUCUAGACCUGGGGUUUAUGUUUUAGUUAUAACUUACAUCACUUUGGGUUCAGAUGAUGCAACUUCAACUGUAUUAGUUGAAGCUAAUGCUGCAGGUAGAGGAAAAGUGACGCUUUACCCUUGCCAAUAUACCACAAUGUGUAGACAAGUUGUUGUAGACAAAUAUGGAAAAGUAGCGGCAAUGAAUUUCCCAUCGAAUUACGCUAGUAUCAUCUUAACCGGCGAACCGCGUAUAAAUGCUGCAAUAAAAUCGAUAGUUGCCAUCCCUGUUGAAGAAAUAUCUCUCGAUUAUAUAAAACCGAAAUCUGUUUGUGUUCGCAAAGAUGGAAAAUGUGUACAAGGAAUGUUUCCAGAAGCUCCUGAUGCAAAACAAAUUGAAUUUGAAGCUGACAACGAAGCUCUUGAAAGUAACAGUAAACCUACUGGUAUUUAUGACAAUUCUACAAGACUGAUUUAUCUGAAUAACGAUAAUACAAUGAUUGAUGUUAAAGCAAAAGUACCACAACCCGGGGAAUAUGUUUUUGUUGUACAAUAUUAUCAACCAGAUCAUCCAGAAUUUGAACUAGAAGUACUUGUUCAAAACGGUAAAUUCUAUGAGGCCAAGAUACCAGUUCUGCAUUGCCCGAGUAAUAGUGGAUGUAGAAACAUCGUACGUCAAUCAGGAGGAGAAACCAAAUUCGAUUUGAUAGAGAACUUUGUUAUAACAUUCAAGAAGGGUCCUGGAAAUGGUGUCUGGUUGGACUAUAUUCUCGUGAUUCCUGCUGAUCAACGCGUGGAUGAAAUAAUGCAGAAAAUUCAAUUUGAUCAAACGAAGGAGUUCAUCAAAAAAUGUGGCAACAACCAUUUCCAUAUUAAUAUCACCGAUGAUGGAUUUUGUCGAGAUUCUGUUUUCUCACUUACUGCUGAUCAUAACAACGGCGCUCAACCAUGUAAUUGUGAUGUUGAUGGAAGCACAAGUUUCGCAUGUGCAACUUUUGGCGGUCAGUGUCCAUGUAAACCAAAUGUUAUCGGUAGGCAGUGUGAAAUAUGUAAAACUGGAUAUUAUGGAUAUCCUGAUUGCAGACCUUGCGAUUGUCCAAGUAUAGUGAAUUGCGCACCUGAAACUGGGGAAUGUAUCUGUCCACCUAAUGUCAGUGGAGAGCGUUGUGACCAGUGUAGACCUAGAACCUAUGGAUUUGAUCCAAUAAUUGGCUGUUCAGAAUGCAACUGUAAUCCUCUCGGAGUGAUUGAUGGUGAUCUACAAUGCAGUCUUUUCAAUGGUGAUUGUAACUGUAAAGUUAACGUAAUCGGUAGACAAUGCGACAAGUGCAAAGCUGGCUAUGCCGAGUAUCCUGAUUGCACUAAAUGUGACUGUGAUAUCAGAGGAACAACGACCGAUAUAUGCGAUCAAGACACCGCAGAAUGCUUUUGUAAGUCAAACGUUCAAGGCUUGGGUUGUGACGUUUGCAAAGAGGGUACUUUCAAUAUACAAGAAAAUAAUGUCGAAGGGUGUACCAAGUGCUUUUGUUUUGGAAAAACUAGUCGCUGUUCAUCCGCAAACCUUUACAAAACCUACUUCGUUGAUAUGAAGAACUGGGAUGGAGCUAUAAUUAAUGAUAAAACUGGUGCUGCACAUAUUUUGGAAGGUCUUCCAGUUGUACAUAAUGCUACCCAGAUAUCUAUGAAGUUAACACUAGAUGAAACUCAUGAGAACGCUACUUACUUCUCUGCGCCGGAUACUUACCUCGGUAAAAUGUUGACAUCCUAUGGAGGAUAUUUAAGAUACACGAUUCAUUAUACUACAGGACUAUUUGGAGAUGCACUCGGAGGUGCGGAUGUUAUUUUGUAUGGAGCCGAUACUUAUUUACUGCAUUACGCCGAUGAGCAACCGCCUUCGUCGGUGGAUUUUGAAGCAUCUGUUCAGAUAGUAGAGAGCAAUUUUGUCACUCUAGGCCACCUACCAGCAACAAGAGAGCAAAUAAUGGUUGUACUAGAAGAUCUCCAGGCACUUUUCAUUAGAGGUAAAUACUGGCAACCCAGUGUUGCCGUUUUACUGUCCAAUGUAAUUUUGGACAUUGCUACAGAUACGUACACUCCAAAUAGUAUAAAGGCUAGUAGCGUAGAACACUGCCAUUGCCCUCCUAAUUACCAAGGAUUAUCAUGCGAAGAAUGCGCACCAGGAUAUUACAGGGUAUCAUCCGGACCUCAUGGCGGCUACUGUGUGCCUUGUCAAUGUAAUGGUCAUUCAAAUACAUGCGAUGUAAAUACUGGCAUCUGCUUUAAUUGUAAACAUGAUACAAGCGGAGACCAUUGCGAGUUCUGUAAGACCGGUUAUUAUGGAAACGCUACCAAUGGAACCCCUAUCGAUUGUCAUAUAUGUGCUUGUCCAUUGCCCAUUGCAUCUAACAAUUUUGCAACUGGCUGCGACGUAGAUGAAGAAGGUAACAGAAUCAGCUGCGAUUGUCUACCAGGGUACUAUGGAGGACGUUGCGAGUCAUGUGCUGCCGGUUAUUAUGGUAGACCCCAGGACCCUAACGACUUCUGCAAGCCUUGCGACUGCUCAGGAAAUAUAGAUACCAACGAUUUUAACUCUUGUGACUCCAUUACCGGGAGUUGUUUACAAUGUUUGCACAAUACAUAUGGUGAAGCUUGUAAUCUUUGUGCUCCUGGCUUUUAUGGAGAUGCCGUUGAACUCAAAGACUGUCAAAGUUGUUUGUGCGAUACUUGCGGAAUGGCAAGAUGCAACAGUUACACCGGUACUUGCGAGUGUAAAGAAAAUGUAAUUGGAGAGAAAUGUGAUCGGUGUGCUGAUAAUCAUUACGGUUUUAAGUCAUGUGAUGGAUGUAAACCCUGUGAUUGUGGACUGGCUUCGUACAGCAGUCAGUGCGAUGAUGAAACUGGACAGUGUCGAUGUGCUACUGGAGUUACUGGUCUAAAUUGCGAUCGAUGUGCUGCUGGAUACUGGAAUUAUACAUCUGAAGGUUGCAUAUCUUGUGGUUGUAAUACAAAUUACUCCAUCCGGAAGACAUGCAAUACUACAACUGGGCAGUGCACUUGUCUACCGGGUGUGAUAGGAGAGAAAUGUGAUAGCUGCCCACAUCGUUGGGUGCUUCUAGAAGGGGAGGGAUGCUUCCAAUGCGAUUCCUGCGCUCACGAUCUUCUCGACGUUACCGAUCAACUCGAAGAGUUGUUGAAUCCGCUUCUCAUCGAGUUUGAGACCGUUGCAGAGGGGCAUUUUAUUAAUCAACGCCUGCUAUUUAUAAAUAACACAAUAAAUAAACUAGAACCACAAGUCAGACUAUUGGAUCCAAGUCGAGUAAAUUUCUUACCAUUGCAACAAGAAAUUUCCAGACUCAAUCAAGAAGUAGAUAGUCAAAUACGAAGGGUUGGAUACGCCUUUGAGAAUGGUCAAAGAUGGAAAGAAGGCGCAGAAGCCACGUUAACGGAGAUGAUACUCUUGGAUGAGGAUGUUCAUAAGGAGAUAGAUCGUGUCAACGAAAUAGUCUCCGAAGUUAAGUCUUUAUCGUUAAAUAUAGAACAGGGUACGGGACCAAAAGUUGAUAAUGCCUUAAAAGAAGCUCAAGCAAUGAUAAAAAAAAUUCAAGAACCAUUGUUCACCGGUUUUCGUGACAAAGCAACAGAUCAAUUAGAAGGCGCAAAUAUUUUGAUGUCAAAAAUGGAGCAAUAUAAUGUUCCAGUCAGUAACUUAAGCUCCGUUGUCUCAAAUUUCGACAUCAAGGUGGGAAAUUUCAGCAAGAAAAUAAAUGACUUGUUAAAUAUAACUGUAAAGACACAAUCGAGCGCUGGUUAUGCCGAACGAUUGAACUUGGAGAACAGGAUUUCACAAGAAACGGGAAACUUUGAUACUGUUAAAAAUUCUACAAAUGAAGCGCAGGACGAUCUCCGAGCUGGCGAACAACUCAACAAGAAUGCCACAGUAUAUUUGACGGAGGCGAAUGAAUUUAUCUACGCUCUUAAAGAAGAUAUCGGAAAAGAUACUCGGCUGAGGCUCAACGAAACGAUAUAUAAUAACGAUCAAGAAUUAGUCAACGUUCUUGAUCUUGUUGAAACUGCCACGAAUCAUGCCGAAGAAUUGUAUCAGGAUUCUCUCGAUCUAGACAGCAUAUUAACGGACACUCGAAACACAAGUGCUGUGCGAGCUGCUUCUGCUUAUAAGGACAUAUCCGAAACUAUAGGGGCAGCUUAUCAAGCUGCGCUAGAUGCUGUAAACACUGCAAAACAUGCUACGGAACUUUCUGAUGGGAUUGGAGAACGGACAAUGCAGACGCAAAAUAGAUCACUGGAAUUGCGAGAGCUGGCUAAAAAGGCUUUCGAUCAGACUGAGGGAACGCUUGCGGAGGAUCUCAACGAAGCACAAGACGAUGUGGUUAAUCUUGCUAAUCAGAAUCGCAACAACACCGAUGAAUUGGAUCGCAUCAAGAGAGUUCUCGAUGCUAUCCCAUCGCAGUCGUCGUCACCUCUGGCUACGGAAUCUAUGAGCAAGGCUGAUAUCGUCCAAGACGUAACACAAAAAGCAAUAAAUAAUAUGAAUGGGAUUGUCGAAAAACUUCCCGAAGACCUUAUAAAAGCAAAGCAACUUUCGAAAGAUAUGGCAGACUCGAUACACGACAUAUCGCAAGCUAAUAAACAAUUGGAUGAUUUGGGCAGAACAAUUCCGAAUAUCACGAAUCUUAUCAGCGACCUUGGGCAUAAACAAAAUUCCAUUGACACAACAGGAAAUAUAUUGCAGAAAAAAAUUGAUGAUCUUAAACAGAGCAUAGCGAAUGCUAGAGAGCUUGCUAACCGCUUCAAGAUCGGCUUAACUUUCUACAGAAAUACUACUCUAGAAUUGAAGAACCCAGAAGGUCUACCGCUCUUGGCGACGUCCACUAGAAUAUCUACUUAUUUCCGAACAAAUCAAACUAACGGGUUCUUACUUUAUUUGGGAAAUGAACAAAAGAGUAAACAAUCACGCUCGAAGACGAAUGAUUUCAUGGCACUCUUAGUCGAAAAUGGCUACCCCGUUCUUGUCGUUGACCUCGGUACAGGGCCAGAAAGAAUUAUUAGUAAUAAAUAUGUAGCCGAUAAUAUCUGGCGACAAGUUAUUAUCGAACGAACUGGAAAGAAUAUAAAACUCAUAAUACGUGAAGAUAUUGGCGAAGGAGAAGAUGAGCUGUUUGUAAAAGAACAAGUACUUCCUGGUCCUUAUUCGAUAUUCAAUUUGGAUCAAGAACAAUCCAAAUUAUUUGUCGGUGGUUAUCCAACGUCGUUCCAAAUGCAAAAGGAUGUGACUUCCGCGUCAUUUGAGGGUGAAAUGGAGGAGCUUGUUAUCGGAGACAUACCAGUAUCAUUCUGGAACUUUGUCGAUGGAGAAAUGAACAGGAAAAGUGCGAUGGAGCGAGACAAAUUAAUCAACUUCCAGCCAAGUACCGGAUACAGAUUUGAUGGCAAUGGAUACGCGAUAAUAAGUUUGAAGCAGUCUCAAAUUCCUUUCAAUGGACAGAGGUUUGCAUUGGAGCUAAACUUCAAGACGUUUGCCGAAAACGGUCUAAUGUAUCUUAUGGUCAAUGGAAGAAACUUCCUCUCUCUGGAAAUGAAGAACGGUCAUAUCCUUUAUCAAUAUGACCUUGGCGAAGGCCCUGCAGCCAUUGUAACAACUACAAGUUUCAAUGACGGUAAAUGGCACUCGCUAGAAGCACUUCGUCAAGGAAAAACUGGUGUUCUUAAAGUUGACAAUGCCGGUUUCACACGAGGGACAGUACCCGGAAAUGCGAAUACAUUUGUUUCGCAAGAACGUAUAUAUUUCGGUGGUCAUCCCACUUUACAUUCAUAUCCGUCAGUUACCACCGAAGGUUUUGAAGGUUGCAUCGAUCAGGUCAUUAUGUACGAAACACCUGUUGACCUCAGCGGCAGUACUCAAGCAUUUGGCGUGAUGCCUGGUUGUCCCGUUAGGUUUGCUAGUGUGGUUUCAUUCGAAGAAGGAAAUCCUGGAUACGUCCGAUGGCAUAAUGCGUCGGCACCAAAUUCUUUGCAAAUAAAUCUGAAAUUCAAAACGACUGCUCCAUCGGGACUCAUAUACUACGCCACAAAUGAAGAUCAGACGGCAACUAGCUCGUUGUCUUUGGUCAAUGGGCAACUGGUUGUUAGAAGUCAAGGUGAAGAACUCGUCACCAGUGCUGUUGGUACCAAAUACAACGACAACGAGUGGCACGUUGUCACAGCUACGCAUGACGAUGAAGCCCUCAGAUUGGAUAUUGAUGAUAAAGAAACCUAUAGUACAGACAGAGCUCCAUCUCCUUUACAUAUUUUGUAUGGUAGCUUAUACAUCGGUGGUUUGCCCCAAGACUUCUACGUCAAAAGCUAUGCAGCUGGUUCUACGAUACCUUUUGCUGGUUGUAUCGGAGAUGCAACACUUAACGGCAUCAUUAUUAACUUUGCGAAUACAACUGAUAGGCCAGGAGCUUUUCUGGGUAAAUGCAAGGGCGGUGAUCAACCAUCGGUGCCCUCAAUAAUCGAAGAAGAAACUGAUCAGCGACCACCACCCCUACCUACGGACACGUACCAAGAAACUCCUCCACCCACGGAGCAGACCAAUCUUGUCAAUUUUGUGCCGGAUGAAGGCGACGAUGGAGACAAAGAACCCACACUUGAAGGACGUGGUAAAGUUGAACCAGAAGUCACUACUCAUUCACCACCUGAAGAAGUUACUGAACCGCAAAUCGAACCAGUUGAAAUUACUACCCCAGCACCUGUGACAGUUGGAGGAUGUCAUCUGCCAUACUAUCCUCUCGAAGAUCCAGAUUUAGAAAACGGAUGGCGAUUCGGAACCAUAAAGCACAGUAGAAUAGAAUACAGCUCUCUGAGAGGGAGAUACAUGAACGAUUACGAUAUACAAAUCGAUUUUAAGACACUCGCAGACCAAGGUAUAAUAUUCUACAGCGCAGACUUGAACAAGCACGAUUUGAUUGCUGUUUAUAUCAACAAGGGGAAGGUACAUUACAAAUUUGAUUGCGGCAGCGGACCUGCUUUACUAGUUGGAGCAACAAAAUUAAACGAUAAUCAAUGGCAUACGGUGACCUUCAAAAGAACAGAUACCGCUGGAGAAUUAUACAUUGAUGACGAACCACCAGUUACCGGUUAUUCUGUCGGUCACACUACGAUGAUUACUGUUAAUCUACCAUUCUAUAUCGGAGGUGUAUCACCAGAAUUAUCCAACAGCGUAUACAUGGCUACCGGGAUAAAUACCACUUUUAAUGGAUGUUUGAGUAAUUUCAUGGCCAAUGGUCAAUACGUCGGCGAACCUGCUCAAAAGAUCGGAGUAAUAUCAUGCUCCAAACGGAUCGAGCCAGGGCUGUUCUUCUAUCCUGGCAAUGGAACAAACUAUUACAGAGAUGUUGAUAGACACGCCUUCGGAGGGACGAUCGACAUACAAAUGGACAUCAAACCACGUUCAACAUCCGGUCAUCUGUUGUCAACCCACGGUAAACGAGAUUAUUUACUAUUGGAAAUGUACAACGGGACGAUCAGAUUCUUAGUAAGAACACAGAAAGGAUCUAUCGAGACUUCCUUUGAACCACCAAAGCCAAAUUCUUUGUGUGAUGGAAAUUGGCAUAAUAUUAGAGCCGUACGUCAAAAGAACGCGGUAGUUCUAUCCGUGGAUCAUAAAACAGGGCAGCCUGGAACAGCGCGUCAAAAUACAGCUGGUAUUGUGUCGAAACAUCCUGUAUUUAUUGGCGGACAUCUUAGACCAACCAAAGUUCGUGGAUCAAAGAAUCGCGAACAGUAUGUGGGAUGCAUAAACAAUGUUUUAAUUAAUACCGUUCCAAUUAUUAUGGAUCCGGUACGUGCUUCUGGUAAAGUAAUAACGAGCAUAUGCCCAACUAUUUGAAAUCAUCGGAGGGAUAAAGUAUGAAAAAUAAAAUGUAGAAUUUUGCUAAUACCAAAAAUUAAAUUAUAUUAAACCUAAUUGAUAUACACGUAUCGUAAAUCUGAAAUAGUGGAGUAAUUAUGCGUGUGUAUUUUGAUUUAAUGCAAUUAGUUUCUCAUAUUGCGAUGAAAAAGAGACGAACAGAAUAAUAACACCGACAAACUCUCUGAUAUGAAAUGAUUUUUCCUCAGAUUUUUUUUUCUUAGUCUUCACAUUAAGAAAUGUUCACUAUCAUUACCUAUUAUUGAUACAAUAAACGAAACACAAUUUUUUAAUAUUGAGAAAAUA